AUGUCAUCUGUAAAUCAGUUUUUCUCGAUGAAAGAAAAAGAUAAUUAUGAAUUUCUUAAAGACGAUACAGAUGAUAUUUCUGAGGCAAUCGAGUAUUUUCUACCGACAGAAGUUGCGUUACAUAAUACACAGAUUGAUUGUUGGGUUUCGUAUCAUAAUGGAGUGUAUGAUCUAACUGAUCUUUGCAAAAUUUGGGCCAACAGACGAGAGGUCAAACCGAUAUUGGCCCAUGCUGGUAAAGAUAUAAGUCAUUGGUUUGAUCACGAAAAGAACGAUAUUAAAUACCACGUACAUCCUGUUACGGGAGUGUCGGUACCAUAUUGUCCUCAUGGUCCAAUUCCGGAUGUGAUACCUUCCGUAGUACCUAGUACUAUUUGGCGACCAUUCGACAAAUGUCCUUGGUGGCUGGACGAAAAGUAUAAGAAGGGAAACUUGACCAGAAAUGCACGUCCAUGUAGAAUUUUAAAUGUCCUUACCGGGAUACAAGUUGUUAUGAUGGUAGAGCUUUUAAUUUCAGUAAAACGAAACGAGUCUGCGAGCGACAUACUAACGACUAAAUUGCGUAAAGGUUGCGAAGAAGAUUCCAUUAGGCGUAUUCAAGAACGUGCCCUUAUUUAUAAUGCAAAUGGAAUGUCUUAUACGUGGAAGUUCGAAGGGAAGGAUUUAAAUCUCGAUUUAACUUUGACAGAAAAUGGUAUAGUGGACGAACGGGAUCGCUUUGUCGCUUGCGAUCUUCCCGACGACUAUUACGUGCCAUGCCUUAUGUGUUAUUAUAAUGACGAAUAA